AAUAAACAAACAAGUUGUUCAGAAUUUUAAGUGAACCUUUGAACGAGAAUUAAAAUUCAACUAAAUUAAAAAAUAUACAAUGGAAUCGAAGAAGUGUCUUUCAAUAUUGGCAUUGGUCGUGGCUCUGGCAGUGAUUUCUUGUGCACAAUCGCACAAUAUAACUGUUGGAACAAAAUAUUUUGGGGACAAACUUCUUUUGCAAGAAAAGAUAUACAGAAAAUCCGAAUUUUUGCGAAAAAUUGUCAUCGAAAAAACCUUCAAAGUCGAUGGAUUUAUCUCUCAAAUUGUCGCUGAGGACCAGAAAACAAAUGGAAAUGGUGCUUACGCUUCAGUUAUUGGCGGAGGACCUGGACAGCGUGAAGUAACAAUGAAAUUUAAGAGUCAGCGAGGACACAGUAUCAAAUUUGUUGUUAAAAUCUACGGACAGGAGUAUUUUACGCAGAAAAAGUGAACUGUGUUCCUUCGAAUUCCAGACUGUUACGACGAAGAAAGACCAUGGCGUCCUACAAGUUGGUCUUCCUUUUAGCAAUGGCUGGCGCUAUAACAUUGGUCUUUGAUGUUUUACCAUCAUCAGGCUUUGAAU